UCCCACUCACCGGCACACACAGAGAGCAGAGGUGUUGGGAUUUAGCAGAGGGCGGCAGUCUUCCCCUUGUGGUAAGCCAUGAUCUGUCCGCACCUCAUCUAUCCCUCGGCUGGGCUGGGCAGGGCUGGAAGUAUCAGGAAGUUUCAGCGGCGGCGGGGCGGUGCGCUGCUGCCUCGGUGUGUGCAGGGAGGAGGGGGUUGGUGGUGGUGGAUGAACGGGGAAGAGUCAGCCUUGCCUACGUUAGAGAGAGAGAGAGAGAGAGAGAGACAGCGGAUGGCGACUACCAGCUCUGUGAUCACGCUCCGGCCGUUGAGCAAUGCGACCCAGCUCCAGCUCGGUAGAAGCACCAUCUCACCUGCUGGGACUGACUUCCACCUUUCCCAGACAAACAUCCUGGGAACAAUCUUAGCGAUAACUGGAAAUAUCCUUAUCAGUAUAUCUCUAAAUAUUCAGAAAUAUACACAUGUCCGAUUAUUAUGUCAAGAAAGUCUAACACCUUAUUACAAGAGCAAGCUAUGGUGGUGUGGAAUCUUCCUGAUGGGAUUGGGUGAGCUGGGGAACUUUGCUGCCUACGGAUUUGCUCCGGCUACUCUGGUUGCUCCCUUGGGAUGCGUGUCUGUUAUUGCGAGUGCAGCAAUUUCGGUGGUAUUCCUGAAGGAAAAACUGCGCUCUUCAGAUAUCUUGGGGGGAUCGCUGGCUGUUCUGGGAACCUACCUUCUAGUGACCUUUGCCAUUAGCGGUCAACAGGCAAUCACAGCCAUUAAGAUCCAGAACUACAUUGUUAGCUGGGAGUUCUUGGUUUACUUGACAUUGGAGUUUCUGUUGUUCAGCGUUUUGCUGUAUCUCAAUAAGAGAAGACAUCUGAACCACAUUGUAAUCUUACUGCUGAUGUCCUCGUUACUGGCCUCGCUGACGGUGAUCUCUGUGAAGGCAGUGGCAGGCAUGGUGACCACAUCCAUCGAAGGCCAGCUUCAGCUCCAGUACCCCAUCUUCUACCUGAUGAUUGUCAUCAUGAUCGUGUCCUGCAUUUUCCAAGUACAGUUUCUGAACCAAGCCAUGCGCCUCUACAAUGCAACGGAAGUGGUACCAAUCAACUUUGUUUUCUUUACGACCAGUGCCAUAAUUGCAGGUGUGAUAUUUUAUCAGGAGUUCUAUGGUGCUGCUUUACUCAAUGUCUUCAUGUUCCUGUUUGGGUGUAUGCUGUCAUUUCUUGGUGUUUUCCUGAUAGCCAAGAACAGAGAGAAGCGGACAGCUGACGUCCCAUAUAUUGACUUGGGCACCAUUCCAAAGCAGAAAAAGUCAGGUAAAAUCCAACCAGAGCUCAACAAUAUCAAUUCUUACGGAACUGUACGGGAUGGCGAACAAAGCAACUAUUCUGUGGGUGAAACUGCAAAAUAACUAUCAAACAGCAGAUUGAAAUGGAUUUAAUACUUGAACUAAGUAUUAACUCAACCUUAACUCCUCAUCGUAUUGGAUGUUCUUGGCUGGAUUCUGGCUCUUCCCACUAUUUCACUGUUGAGUGGUUGUGGUCCAAUCACACUUCAACGUUUACAAUGGAAAAUAUCACUUUGUCAGUCAUGUGGCUUUAAACAAAAAAUUAUAAUCAUCGUUUACGGCCUUUUGAUUUUGGACAACUCACUUUGAAAGCCACUUCUCAAACAAACGUAUUUAUUCCAAGAUUUAAGCGGAGAAACGGGAUGAUAAUUCUUUCCAUCAUUUAUUUAUAACGUGCAUUGUUGGAGGAAGCUAACAUUGAGGGGGGAGAGGAAAAACUACUAAGUGUGGCAUCAAUUUCAAGUUAAUGGGGAGAUUACUUUAAGAAACAAAGAACUUGCAUUUAUACAGCACCUUCAAGACCUCAGGGCUUUCCAAAGUGCCUUACAACAGAAGAUACCAUUUUUGAAUCUGGUCUGUUAUAUAGGAAGUACAGAAGACAGGUGAUGCAUGGCAAGAUCUCACUGCUGAUAUGUUUUAGUGAUGUUGGAUGUGGGAUUAAUAUUGGCCAAGACAGUAGGGAUACCUCCCUAUCUUCAAAGGAAUGCGAUAUGGUCUUUUGCACUCAUUGGAGAGGAAGGACUGGACUUUAAACUCUCAUCUGACUCCUGGCACUUCCAACAGAGCAGCACUCCUUCAGUAGGACACUGGAGUGUCACUGUGGACUGAAUGCUUGUGUCUCUGGUGUUGAACCCUCAAAACCUUAAGUACUGUAAUUACAAAGUUUAGACAUUUAUAUUAAUCAGAACAGUAGCAUAUUUAAUUUUUAGUUACUUUCAGGUAUUUACUUAAUAUUUGAUAUUUUCAGGUUGUUCUUUUAUCAUUGUGACUAAAAUAGUUUCUAGUUUAAAAUGUUCAAUUAACUUGUCAACAAGUGGAAUAAAAUGUUGUCUCCUGCA